AUGGCCUCGACAAAUCCGCCCUCUGCAGCGUCCCACAAUGAACCAACCCCCAAGAAACACACCUUUGUGUCCCUCGCCAAAGCACUUGGUCGGCCGCUUCUCGGGACUGUUCUCACGGUCUCGUCAUCCCUCGUGGCGAGUCUGGCGGCGCAAUCCUUCGAUUGGGUCAUGAUCGACAUGGAGCAUUCACCUCUGUCCCCCGCAAUCAUGACUGAGAUGGUACAGGGGGUGUCGAGCUCCUCCCACGGCUCGUCCUUGCCCGUUGUCAGGGUGCCGGGCCACGGGGUGGAAUGGAUCAAAUGGGCGCUAGACAGUGGCGCGGCCGGCAUCAUCGUACCCAUGGUCAACAACGCCUCUGAGGCGAGACAGAUCAUCGACCGCGCCAUCUACCCGCCCGGGGGCAAUCGAAGCUUCGGGCCUUUCCAUGCUCCAUUCGGAUCCGGCGAUCCUACAGGUGGAUGGGCGGCGUAUUACCAGAGGGCACGAGAUCGAGGUAUCGCGGUCUUACCCAUCAUCGAGUCUGCCGAAGGGGUACAAAAUGUCGACGGGAUCCUAAGUCUGGACGAAGUCACGGGGGUUUUCAUCGGACCGUACGAUCUGCGGUUAUCUCUUGGUCUGCCGGGAGGGGUUGAUGGCCCCGAGCCUGAAUUCUUUGCCGCCAUCGACAGGAUCUGCGAGGCUGGUCGAAAGCACGGAAAACUCGUCGGGUCGAUGGCGACGACGCCGGAACUGGUGCGCACGCGCUCGGAUGCGGGGAUGAAGUUUCUCUUGACGACGCUCGACUAUAGCAUCCUGGCGAGCGGGUUUGCUGCCUCGAGAGCCACCUCUGACGAAGCAUUGGGAAGAUCCGAGUAA